AUGCGAUUAAUUGUGAUUAACUGUCCCCCCCUCUGUCCUCUGUCCUACCUCACUGUCCACCUCAUUGUCCUCUGUCCUACCUCACUGUCCACCUCUCUGUCCUCUGUCCUACCUCACUGUCCACCUCUCUGUCCUCUGUCCUACCUCACUGUCCACCUCUCUGUCCUCUGUCCUACCUCACUGUCCACCUCUCUGUCCUCUGUCCUACCUCACUCUCCUCUGUCCUACCUCACUGUCCACCUCUUUGUCCUCUGUCCUACCUCACUGUCCCCCUCUCUGUCCUCUGUCCUACCUCACUGUCCACCUCUCUGUCCUCUGUCCUACCGUGUCCACCUCUCUGUCCUCUGUCCUACCUCACUGUCCACCUCUUUGUCCUCUGUCCUACCUCACUAUCCCCCACCCUGUCCUCUGUCCUACCUCACUGUCCACCUCUUUGUCCUCUGUCCUACCUCACUGUCCACCACUUUUUCCUUUGUCCUACCUCACUGUCCACCACUUUGUCCUCUGUCCUACCUCACUGUCCACCACUCUUUCCUCUGUCCUACCUCUCUGUCCACCUCUUUGUCCUCUGUCCUACCUCACUGUCCACCUCUUUGUCCUCUGUCCUACCUCUCUGUCCACCUCUUUGUCCUCUGUCCUACCUCACUGUCCACCUCUUUGUCCUCUGUCCUACCUCACUGUCCACCUCUUUGUCCUCUGUCCUACCUCACUGUCCACCACUUUGUCCUCUGUCCUACCUCACUGUCCACCUCUCUGUCCUCUGUCCUACCUCACUGUCCACCACUCUGUCCUCUGUCCUACCUCUUUGUCCUCUGUCCUACCUCACUGUCCUCUGUCCUACCUCACUGUCCACCUCUCUGUCCUCUGUCCUACCUCACUGUCCACCUCUCUGUCCUCUGUCCUACCUCACUGUCUACCUCUCUGUCCUACCUCACUGUCCACCUCUCUGUCCUACCUCACUGUCCACCACUCUGUCUUCUGUCCUACCUCACUGUCCACCUCUUUGUCCUCUGUCCUACCUCACUGUCCACCUCUAUGUCCUACCUCACUGUCCACCACUUUGUCCUCUGUCCUACCUCACUGUCCUCUGUCCUACCUCACUGUCCACCUCUCUGUCCUACCUCACUGUCCACCUCUCUGUCCUCUGUCCUACCUCACUGUCCACCACUCUGUCCUCUGUCCUACCUCACUGUCCACCUCUCUGUCCUCUGUCCUACCUCACUGUCCACCUCUCUGUCCUCUGUCCUACCUCACUGUCCACCUCUCUGCCCUCUGUCCUAUCUCACUGUCCACCACUUUGUCCUCUGUCCUACCUCACUGUCCACCUCUCUGUCCUCUGUCCUACCUUACUGUCCACCUCUCUGUCCUCUGUCCUACCUCACUGUCCACCUCUAUGUCCCCUGUCCUACCUCACUGUCCACGUCUCUGUCCUCUGUCCUACCUCACUGUCCACCACUCUGUCCUCUGUCCUACCUCACUAUCCACCUCUUUGUCCUCUGUCCUACCUCACUGUCCACCUCUCUGUCCUCUGUCCUACCUCACUCUCCACCUCUCUGUCCUCUGUCCUACCUCACUGUCCACCACUCCGCUCCUGUCUCGGUGCGGGGCCUCGUACGCGUCCAUCUGUUGCCGGGACACUUUGACCAGCUUGUCGGCCAGCUCCCUCCAGCGUCCGGCCACCUCCACCGCUGUGGUCAGCAGCACCAGGUCCAGGACGAGCCGAGCCACCAGCCCCUGGCAGUCCAGUUUCAGCAGAGCCUGUGGAACAGAGACAGACUCACACCAGGGACAAGAUACUGUUUGAAACAGGCUUUAUUCUGUCUUUACUCUCCCUCACACUUCAUCUGCUUUGGUUUUACGAAUCCAAACAGCUUCUUCUAA